CCCAACCCGGCCCCGCCCGACACACACACACACUGCCCGGGGAUGCCGCAGCCGCCGCAGUGCCGCUGAAGGGGAGACUGUGAGACGGGCGAUGAUUUAACCAGGCGACGCAUCUCCAGGGGAGUGGUCAGUCGGUGGGCAGGAUGACCAGUCAGGGCAGCCAGGAGGUGGUAUUGGUGCCACCAGCUCCCAGCUCCACCAGGAAGGAGGGCUACUUUGAGCAGAUGGAGAGUGACCCGGAAUAUCAGCGGCUGCGGAACAUGGCACCCACCCUGAGGCAGGACUUCAACCUGAUGGAGCAGAAGAAGAGGGUGACCAUGAUCUUACAGAGCCCGGCGUUCCGAGAUGAAUUGGAAUGCUUGAUUCAGGAGCAGAUGAAGAAAGGGAGUGACUCGAGCAAACUGUGGGCUCUGCAACAGAUUGUGGACUUCAUGAGGAGCACCCCGAUGUCCAUUCCCACCUCACCACCAGGGGUGAUAAUGGUUGCACCAAUCAAUGACCUUCAUGCCACGGGGUUGAUGCCCUUUGCCAAGGGGGAGAGGAUGAUGCGCUGCAAGGUGGCCAGCGUUCACCGUAUACUGGACCUGUUUGGCUGGGCUCAGCUGCCCAAUACCUACAUCACGCUCCGGGUCAGUAAGGAACACGAUCAUUUCCUCAUCAUUCCCAGAGGAAUCUCGUACGGAGAAGUGUCCGGCUCUAUCCUGGUGAAGGUCAACAUUCUGGGGGAGGUGGUGAGUCGGGGCAGCUCAGGUUUCCCCGUGGACUGUGCCGGCUUCAGCCUGCACUCAGCGAUCUACUCAGCCCGCCCGGAUGUCCGCUGCAUCAUUCACCUUCACACUCCGGCCACGGCCGCGGUUUCAGCCAUGAAGUGCGGCAUUUUACCAUUAUCCCACGAGGCGUUGCUGGUUGGCGAUGUUGCUUACUAUGAAUAUAAUGGAGCUCUGGAGACUGAGGAUGAAAGGAUCCAACUACAGAAGUGCCUAGGACCCACCUGCAAGGUCCUGCUUCUACGGAAUCACGGUGUGUUAGCUCUCGGUGAAACUGUGGAAGAGGCUUUCUACAAAAUCUACCACCUUCAAUCCGCCUGUGAAAUACAGGUUUCGUCGCUGUCCUGUGCCGGCGGUGUGGACAACGUGAUUCUGCUGGACCGUGACACGGUGAAACCGCUGGAGAUCGGCACGGUGGGACGGGCUGGGACCACCUUCGGACCGAUGCACAAGAGCAGAGUCGGGGAGCAGGAGUUUGAGGCACUGAUGAGGAUGCUGGACAACUUGGGUUACCGGACGGGUUAUGCCUACAGGCACCCGGUGAUCCAGGAGAGGAUUCGGCACAAGAGCGGCGUGGAGAUCCCGGCCACUGUCACCGCAUUCAGCUUUGACGGCGACGUCUUAUUGCAGCCGGCGCACUGGCGUCACGGUCACAAGCAGCAGCAGGAGAAAAGCCGCUGGCUCAACUCGCCCAACACAUACCUGCGGCUCAGCAGUGACCAGGAGUCUCAGAGGGGGCCGGGCAGCCCCAGGCCCAGCACCGCGUGGCUGAAGACUGAUGAGGCCAAGAAAUCCAGCAGCGGGACUCCAAUCAAGAUCGAAACGUCCAACCAGUUUGUGCCUCUGUUCACAGACCCGCGUGAAGUCUUGGAAACCAGGAACAAGAUCCGGGAACAGAAUCGUCAGGAGACGGCAUCGGCCGGACCACAGUCACAGCUGCUGGCCGCGGUCACCAUCGCCAGGAGCCGCAGCCCGUCUGCAGAAGCCGUGCUGCUGCCCGUCGCCGCGGACGGGCCCGGGCCGGAACCUCCCAACCCUUUCAAUGAGCUGACGGACCAGGAGCUGGAGGAGUACAGGCGGGAGGUGGAGCGCAAACAACAGGCGCUUGACGGUGGAGACGAGGAGGAUACUUCUGCCGGCAUCUCUCCGCUAAAGACCCCACUCACCUCUCCCGCAAAAUCGCCCACCUCCCCCGCCGCCACAGAACCCAAGCCAGCUGAAGGUGUGAAGGAGCUGGCGGAGCGAGAGCCGGGGGCCAGGGAGGAGGAGGAGGAGGACCAGCCUGUGGAGGGAGUGAGGACCAACGUGGAGAACGGCACUGAACCACCCGUUAAACCAGCUAAGGACAAGACCGAGCCUCCGGCAAGUACCCCUCUCUCCCCCGAUGGCUCUCCUUCCAAGUCUCCGUCCAAAAAGAAGAAGAAAUUCCGAACCCCGUCCUUCUUGAAAAAGAGUAAAAAGAAAGAGAAAACGGAGUCGUGAAAUGGGAAUAGAAGGAUAUAAAUGUAAACAAGGUGACUGAGCCAGGAGCCGGGAGCCAAGCCACGUACCAGCUGUCACCAUGGACAGUACCAAUACUUGUCAUGUUUGCACUAACCACAGUGAGCACCCACCCACCCACACAGACAGACAGACAGCCUGAUUCUCACUGCUCCACUGGUUUCAGGCAUUUUACACCUGCAUUAUGUUCAUGAGUCCCGCACCCUCCAGUUUUAAAUUGGUUCCUGGUUUAGUUAGUUUCGGCGAACAGACGUGCAGCUCUGUGAGCAUCAGUGUCCACAUGAACCAUUCCAGGUGUGUGUGUGUGCGCGCGUGUGUGUGUACGUGUGUGUGCGCGUAUGUGUGUGUAUACGUGUGUGUGUGUGUGUGUGUGUGUGUGUGUAUGUGUGUGCGCGUAUUUGUGUGUAUACGUGUGUGUGUGUGUGUGCCGCACAGCGGACCGGGCCAGGCGCUGGUUCGAUGCCCUCAAUGGCAGCAGUAGUGGGCACGGUGGGCCAGGCAUGGAGCAGGGGGGAGCCACUGUAUCACGUGUGUAAUGUCUAAUCUCUGUGCUGAGCAGAGGGAGGGAGGGAUGGAGGGGUAUUCACCUUUAGCUGGUACUACAGAGGCUGACACACUGCCAGAUCUCCAUUGUAGGAAGGCCUCGUUUGUUAUUAUUGUCACGUGUACCGAGGUACAGUAAAAAGCGGAAAGACUGUACGUGACUAAACGUUUAAGAGGAACUGCAGAUGCUGGAAAAUCGAAGGUAGACAAAAAUGCU